AUGCGCUCUGCGGUCGCCGGUUGCGUGCAGCUCGCGCACGAUCCCUGAAGGCCGUCCGAGAAAGUUGCGCGUCCACGAACCAGAAAGGUGGGAUUACCCGCUUACCGUGCGGCCCCAAGGCGACAGCCUGAAAAGUUUCAGUCGGAUCACGGAUUUGCGGGAUGGCCCCAACCAUACACGAGUAUUCAUCCGGACCGGGUGGCCUGGAAGAUGAGCUCAGGGAGGUGCUCCGGAAGAGAGUUAUGGUCCUCGAUGGUGGGAUGGGCACCAUGGUGCAGCAGCGGAACUUGAAUGAGCAGGACUUCAGAGGGGCGGAGUUUCAGGAUCAUCCCAAGAGCCUGAGGGGCAACAACGACCUACUGAGUAUCACUCAGCCCAGCGUCAUCUACAAGAUCCACAAGGAGUAUUUGCUGGCUGGAGCUGAUGUCAUCGAGACCAACACAUUCAGCAGCACAAGCAUUGCUCAGGCUGACUAUGGAUUGGAGAAUCUGGCGUACCGACUGAACAAAACAUCUGCUCAGGUGGCCAGAAAGGCAGCGGAUGAUGUCACAGCGCAGACAGGCGUCAAGCGGUAUGUGGCCGGGGCAGUCGGACCCACCAACAAGACCCUGUCGGUGUCCCCUUCGGUGGAAAGGCCGGAUUUUAGGAACAUCACUUUCGACGAGCUGGCAGACGCCUACUCCGAGCAGGUCCGCGGCCUGCUGGACGGAGGCGUGGACCUUCUGCUGGUGGAGACCAUCUUUGACACUGCUAAUGCCAAGGCAGCCCUGUUUGCAAUCGACCAGCUCUUCGAAAAGCAAUACGAACGCAGACCUAUCAUCGUUUCCGGGACCAUCGUGGAUAAGAGCGGCCGCACGCUCUCGGGACAGACUGGGGAGGCUUUCGUCAUCAGCGUGUCCCACUGCAACCCGCUCUGCAUCGGGCUGAACUGUGCGCUGGGGGCCACCGAGAUGAGGCCCUUCAUCGAAGCCAUUGGGAAAAGCACCACCGCCUUUGUCGUUUGCUACCCCAACGCGGGUCUUCCAAACACAUUUGGAGGCUAUGAUGAAACCCCAGAAGUAACGGCCACUCAUAUAAAGGAAUUUGCGAAAGACGGGCUGGUGAACAUCGUCGGGGGUUGUUGCGGAACAACUCCCGCUCACAUCCGAGCCAUUGCUGAUGCAGUGCGGCACUGUCAACCACGUGUGCCACCUGAGAACAUCUUCGGAGACUACAUGCUCCUGUCAGGUCUGGAACCGUUUCGUAUUGGCCCCUACACCAACUUUGUGAACAUUGGGGAGCGCUGCAAUGUGGCGGGGUCCCGGAAGUUUGCCAGACUGAUCAUGACGGGAAAAUAUGAGGAAGCCCUGAGCAUAGCCAAGACUCAGGUUGAGAUGGGCGCCCAAGUUCUGGACAUCAACAUGGACGAGGGGAUGCUGGACGGUCCUGUGGCUAUGGCGCGGUUCUGUAACCUCAUCGCAUCUGAACCGGACAUCGCCCGGGUUCCCCUGUGCAUCGACUCGUCCAACUUCGCCGUGAUCGAGGCCGGCCUGAAAUGUUGCCAGGGCAAGUGCAUCGUGAACAGCAUCAGUCUGAAGGAGGGCGAGGAGGAGUUUCUGCAGAGGGCCAGGAGUGUGCGUCGCCACGGGGCCGCCGUGGUCGUCAUGGCUUUCGACGAGGAGGGCCAGGCAACGGACACGGAGCGCAAGGUGCUAGUGUGUACCAGAGCCUACCACCUCCUGGUCAGCAAAGUGGGCUUCAACCCCAAUGACAUCAUCUUCGACCCCAACGUCCUCACCAUCGGCACUGGCAUGGAAGAGCACAACACCUACGCCAUCGACUUCAUCAAGGCCACCAGACUCAUCAAGGAAACUCUCCCAGGUGCCCGGGUCAGCGGGGGCUUGUCUAACCUCUCCUUCUCCUUCCGUGGAAUGGAGGCCAUCAGAGAAGCUAUGCAUGGCGUGUUCCUCUACCAUGCCAUCAAGGAUGGCAUGGACAUGGGCAUCGUGAAUGCGGGCAACCUCCCGGUCUACGAUGACAUUGACAAGGAGCUGCUGCAGAUGUGUGAGAACCUCAUUUGGAACAGAGACCCCGAAGCCACAGAAAAACUCCUACUCUAUGCCCAGAACAAUGCCAAGGGGGGGAAGAAGGUGAUCCAGACAGACGAGUGGAGAGAGGGCAGCGUGGAGGAACGGCUGGAGUAUGCGCUGAUCAAGGGCAUCGAGAAGUACGUACUGGAGGACACAGAGGAAGCCCGUGCACAGGCAGAUCGCUACCCACGACCCCUGCAUGUCAUCGAGGGACCCCUGAUGAACGGGAUGAAGAUGGUUGGAGACCUGUUUGGGGCAGGCAAGAUGUUCCUGCCGCAGGUCAUCAAGUCUGCCCGCGUGAUGAAGAAAGCAGUGGGCCACCUCAUUCCCUUCAUGGAGAAAGAGAGGGAGGCCAUGAUGGCUGCCACAGGAUCUGCGGAGGAAAUCGAUCCCUAUCAGGGCACCAUCUUGUUGGCCACCGUCAAGGGCGACGUGCACGACAUCGGCAAGAACAUCGUCUCCGUGGUCCUGGGAUGCAAUAAUUUCCGAGUGAUCGAUCUCGGGGUUAUGACACCAUGUGAUAAAAUCCUGAGAGAGGCCCUCGACAAAAAAGCAGACAUCAUUGGGCUGUCUGGCUUGAUCACGCCCUCAUUGGAUGAGAUGAUCUACGUUGCCAUGGAGAUGGAACGCCUCGGGAUGAAGACCCCAUUGCUGAUUGGAGGGGCCACCACAUCUAAGACUCACACCGCAGUUAAGAUUGCCCCCCGCUACAGUGCCCCAGUUGUCCACGUGCUGGACGCCUCCAGGAGUGUGGUGGUGUGUUCUCAGCUCUUGGAUGAAAACUUGAGGGAGGACUUUUUCAAGGAGGUGGAGGAGGAAUACGAAGAGAUCAGACAGGAGCACUACGACACGUUGAAGGACCGUCGUUUCCUGUCCCUGGGCCAGGCCCGCGACAAGGGCCUGCGUGUGGAUUGGCUGGCACAACCAAGACCAGUGCGUCCGAGUUUAAUCGGCACCCACGUGUUCGAAGCCUACGACCUGCACAGGCUGCUCGGCUACAUCGACUGGAAGCCUUUCUUCGACGUGUGGCAACUCCGGGGCAAGUACCCCAACAGGGGGUACCCCAAAAUCUUCAAAGACAAAACCGUAGGGGAAGAGGCCAGGAAGGUGUUCGAUGACGCCCAGAAGCUCCUUAAGGAGCUGAUUGACAGCCAGGGCCUGCAGGCCCGCGGCCUGGUUGGAUUCUGGCCCGCGCAGAGCGUGGGUGACGAUAUCCACGUGUACGCUCAGGACACCAGGCCUCGCAGCAUGCAGCCCGUCGCCAAGUUCCACGGUCUGCGCCAGCAGGCAGAGAAGGACUCCGCCAGCACCGAUCCCUACAUGUGCCUUUCGGACUUUGUGGCGCCCCGGGAGAGCGGCAUCCCUGACUACAUCGGCUUGUUCGCCGUAGCCUGUUUCGGGGCUGAGGACCUGAGCCGCGACUUUGAGAAGAAGGGGGACGUCUACAACAGCAUCAUGGUCAAAGCCCUGGCAGACCGUCUGGCCGAAGCAUUCGCCGAGGAGCUUCAUGCCCGCGUGCGCAGGGAAUUCUGGGGCUACACGGCAGAGGAGGACCUGGAGGCAGCUGACCUGCACCGGGUUCGGUACCAGGGGAUCCGGCCGGCACCGGGCUACCCCAGCCAGCCGGACCACACAGAGAAGGUCACCAUGUGGAGCCUGGCCUCCAUAGAGGAAAAGACUGGUAUCGGCUUAACGGAGUCGCUCGCCAUGAUGCCUGCCGCUGCCGUCUCUGGCCUCUACUUCUCCAACCCCAAAUCGACCUAUUUCGCCGUUGGCAAGAUCACCAAGGAGCAGGUCGAGGAUUAUGCUUCUAGAAAAGAGAUGCCCAUUGGUGAAGUGGAAAGGUGGCUUGGACCAAUCCUGGGGUACAGCAUUGACUGACGUGCUCGGACACACCCCCUCCGUUCAUCCUCAAUUGCUGCUCUGAUGUUGUUUACAUGUCAAACACUAAAGCGUUUCGAUUUUCAGCUUUUUAAGCACCUUUCUGUGCUUAUGUCUAUCUUAUAGAGUAAUUCUGAUUUUAUUUAACUUUUUAUAAUUAGCUGCAUUUUUUUAAUUUAGAUUUAUCAUGCUUUUUAAUGCAGAAAUGACAUAUUUCUACUACAAUGUCUGGGAAUAGUUUUAAACAAAAACCCAUGACUGCAGUUUGACUAAAUGUACGUUUCCUGAUUCUGGUUUGCGCGUUGUUACACUGUAUACUUUGCAAAUACUGUUGCCAAUGGUGACGUUUUAAAAUGUGUAACAUUCAGUUCCAGCUUUUAAAAUGUCUCAAAACCACUUAUUAAAAUUUAUUACAUCGGCAGCAGCUGUAUAACGGCACCAAUUAAUCAAUCAAAGGGAAUAUCAGCACAAAGUAAAUAAUGAGAGCGAACAUUAAGCAGGUGUCGCCUGAGAAUAAAGAUGUAACAGCUGAGAGUUUAUUAAAUUAAACAGAGGUGAACGACCAGAAAGGAGAGGCCGUGCAAGACUUAAGUAUCAGGAAAUCACUUCUGGUUUAAUUGGCUGUACUGCCAUCUAAAUGGGAAGGGAAAGGGUGUCUUAGAAGGGGGGGCUAAUUGUCCUGUGGUCGCUGUGUCACAUUCACCAAGGGUGACCUCCCUGUUAGUCCGGAAUGUUCUAACGAGGAGCGAGUUUCCUUCCGUUUUGAGAAACGGCCCGAUUCCCUGAUUCAGCAACGUGGCCAGGUGCCUCCGUAACUGUGUAGCCACAGCGACGGGUUGAAAUGCAGGGCGCUGUUCCUCCGCCACCCCCCCCCCCUUGGCACUCUGGCUGCUUACACAACAGACCUGAGACUUAUUGAUUUGUAUUUUCGGCACACUGAAGCAAACGGGGCGGGUCACCUGGCAUGCAUGGGCUGGCUGCCCGCCGAGCCGUACGGCGGCUCUGGUUCCGCUGGAUCCGCGUGCCUCUCUUUCCUUACGGGAAUCUCGGCGGCCGUCUCCAGUCUGCAGCAGCGCCGCUGUGCCAUGUGACUGCGUACAGGCAACCCAAAUAAAGUCACCCUGAGCGACUGUUUGUUCCAUGAG